GGUCGAACCUUCCUAAUGUGUUCCUUUUUGGUGGAUGGGGGAACGAAGGUCACGAUGGGUCAGCACCUGCGACUACUUCGGCGCCUGAAGCAACGCCGAUGACUCGGCCAAUGACAAUGUCCAGACCUGUACUCAAACGAGGGAUGUCAACCAUUAUGGUGCAGAUGAGGAAGGGAAGGAAGACCUCACAAUCGCAGCCUGCGCCAGGAGAAAGUUCAAAGGAACCUCAGAAAAAGGAACCUAUUCAGGUAGAGGAAGGGGAUGAAGAUGAGGAGGAUGAAAGAUUGCGAGCAGAGGAUGAAUUGCUAGCAAAGCAGAGAGCUAUGGAAAGAGCUUCGGAAGCAGGAAAGACCCAGCUCGAAGAAAAGGAACCUCGCCAAAAGAAGAAUAUAUACACGAUCCCUGUCGAAAAAUGGAUUGAUUUUGAACAGCUUGUGGAUCGCAUUCUGAAAAGCCAGCGUGAUUUGGUUACCCUAAAGGAGAUUCUUGCUGUAUCGCCGAAGCUUCGCGAGGAAUUUAAGCAGCGCAUGACUCGGAAGAAAGUCAUGACAGUUAAGCUAAGUGAGAUCAUUCCUCCGGAAGCUAACUGGGCGUCUCCUGGGACAAAGAUGGAUUGGCGAUGUGUGGUCACUUGUCUCAUAAAAGUUCAAAUCGGUCGUGAAGAGUUCUCUGCUCUCGUAGAUGAUGGGGCCAAAAUGAACAUCAUGAGAGAAACGCAUGCGAUUGAAGCUGGGAUUCAGAUCAAUCGCAAUGACUUUGAAUUUUUGAUUGGAGUCGGCGGGGCAACUCCAUUUUGCGGUAGUACUGCUAGUGGCGUGAUGGUCACUGUUGGGAAGGUAAAGGCGACGUCGUACUUUUAUUUAUUGCCAAAGGUUGAGCACGACGUACUUUUGGGAAGAUCUUUUCAAUGUCGCACAGAGAGCAUAAUCUUCAACAAGCAUGACGGCACCAAGUUUGUAGCUUUGUGUGAUCGGGUUUGCGGCUAUUAUGAAGUGGUAAAGGGACGGAAGUUCAACGUUGGGUCCAAGAGGAAGUAUAAGAAAGUAGGAGAGAAGGUGCGACCAGUGUCAGUUUUGAUCACUCCGGAAAAGGAGGUGUAUUACAAGGAAGAACGCGAGUGGAUCAGAACAUUGAAAGAGAAGGGUGAGAAGGGACCGUGUCGAUUGACAGAUGAGAGGGUCAAGGAGAUGAUCAUUGGACAGGAUGACCUCCUCACCAAGGAGGAAACCCAAUUCUUUAUCGACGUUAUGAAGAAAAUUCAUCUGGUUUAUGCUUUUGAUGAUGAUGAGCGUGGAAGGUUGGACGUCGAUAUGAUUCCAAUGAUCCGGAUCCAUACGGUACCGCAUGAGUCAUGGAAUGUGAAAGGUUCACGAUAUCCGAAUCCGGACUAUCACCAGAAGGUGGUUGAUUAUCUUGAUGGUAAGGUUCAGACCAAAGUGGUUGACUAUUCGUAUGGGUCAUAUGCGUCUCCUUGGUUCUGCUUUAUCAAGCCGAACGGUGUUUUGCGAUGGGUUCAGGACCUGCAGAAAUUGAAUUUCGCGACAGUCCGAGAUGCAGGCGGACUUCCGAACGCCGACCAACUCUCAAAAUCUUGUGCAGGCCGGCCUAUCAUCACCCUAAUUGAUUUGUACUCGGGGUAUGAUCAGUUUCUGCUGUACACAGCGGAUCGACCUAUGACGGCAAUGCAUACGCCUCGGGGACUGCUUCAUAUGUGCGCGGCUCCACAGGGUUGGACAAAUGUCGUGGCAAUUGUGCAGAGAUAUAUGAUGAGAGUCAUGCAGCCAUUUUGUCCGGACGUGACUUCUCCAUAUAUCGAUGAUUUGGCCAUCCCAAGACCUCGAGUCAAGGAUGAGACUGAAGUUUUACCUGGCGUUCGAAAGUUCGUAUGGGAACACAUCAGCAAUGUGCAAAUGGUUCUGAGGAAACUGAAGGAAUAUAACCUUACUGCUAGUGGGGUUAAACCGAGGCAUGGCAUGAGAAAGGCGGUAAUACUGGGAUUCCUUUGUGACGAAAAGGGUCGUCGGCCAGAUGCCAAAAAGACGAAUAAAAUUUUGGAGUGGCCGACUCCCUUCAAAUCUAUUACCGACGUUCGGAGCUUCCUCGGGACAUACGGAUUUUGGCGUAUUUUUACUCGCAGGUUCGCAGCGAGGGUGAAACACUUCCGGAAAUUAGUACACAAGAGUCAGAUCUGGGAAUGGGGAUCAAAGCAGCAGGCAGCCGUUGAGGAUAUGAAAGUUGAGUUUCGAGAAGGCGGCCUGAUCUUGGGAAUUUCUUGCUUUGAUGAUGCUGAAGGUCGUCCCUUCAUCAUCGAGACUGAUGCAGGUCCUACCGCUUUGGGAGGAGUUUUGGUCCAAAAGGAUGAGGAAGGAUGGGAGCGGCAAUUGAGAUUCGAGAGCAGAACUCUGAAUGUUACUGAGCGGAAUUACUCCCAGUUUAAGAAGGAAACUCUCACUAUGCUUCACUGUCUGCGCAUUUUCAUAUAUUAUGUAUUUGGCAGGCGGUUCAUUCUGCGAGUUGAUCCUACAGCUCUAACUCAAUCAUUGAAGAACUAUUCUCCUUCUGAUCCAACCAUUGCUCGAUGGCUGACGUAUAUUUGGAUGUUCAAUUUUGAGAUUGAGCGCAUUUCAGGCACUCAGAAUCGAGCAGAUGGAUUGAGUCGUGCUAAUUGGGACUCAUCGACGGAUCAGGCUGAGGAUUUAGUUCCUGUCGAUGGGUUCCUCGAAGGAGAAGAGUCACAGUUGAGUACUAACUCAUACGAUUAUUCGACGGAUGCAACAACCCGGCAUGGAAAAACCAUCUGGAAUGCUCCUUGUUUCCAUCAUGUGCGACCAGAACUUGUGAUUGAGGAGCCGUUCAUUGAGGAAGACCCAUGGGGUGAAAGAACAUCAGAGCAAAUGAUGAACUUGGCUUUAUCUGAUGAAGUCGAACUCAUCAAAGAGCCACUGACGAUUGAGUAUGGGCAUGAACAGGCUGAUAAGACUUUCAGGGUCACUGGAGAGAUGUCAUUCCUUGUGAAUUCUCUAAUUCACGAGGACCGCCUGAAAAUGAUGAAUGAAGAAGCAAAAGGCAGUGAGAUCAGAGAAGCUUUCAAAGAAGGAGAGUAUGAUGGGGAGUACAGAUUGAUGGGAAUAUGGUUGAAUGGUGAGUUGAAGGAGGAUGAGGUGGAUCCAGUUGUUCGCCAGAAGAGCAAAUAUUUUGUUCUUCGCAUGAUGGGGUCGCAGGCGGACAUAGAUCGGCGCAAGUCACUUUGAAAAAAAUUCAACAUCUUUAUUUUUGGGAAGGAAUGAACAAAAUGGUGAAUG